UGUCUGUUUCUGUAAAGCUGACUUCGCGAUCGGCACCCACUACUGCUGCACACGCCAUCCUCGGCAGCUCGGAUCAAUUGAGUUGACCUUUCCUAGUUUCAGCACGUUUGCGGGCCUUGAUCUUCCUCGCCAAUCUGCAUUCUCCAAUCUCCAAGCUUCAAUCUACAAGCCUUUCCCCAGAGAUUCGACACAUCCCGCUGUCGCGCUCACGGACCUAAUCACAAUCCACUCCAAGUCAAAAGUCGACGCCAAUGGCGGCUCUAGCCCGUUCCUUUUGAUCCUGUACGAAUCGGACUUAGCAUCCUGCCCCCCAACUGGUUCCUUAACUUGGUUCUAUCCUACUCGACGAGUCGACUACUCGCUUAGUGCCUUUCUAAGUCUUACCCCAAGCUGCCGAGUCCAGAGGAUUAGCUAUCGUCCUCUUCUCGCCUAAUAUCUGGCUCCCGACUCCAUUCAGUCUGCCUAUGCCGUCCCUUCUUCUGUCCUCCGCUCGCCGCAGGCAAGCAAGCCGUCCCAGCUCGCCCAGCACCGCGGGGCUCUGAAACCAUGCCGACGUAUCCCAUCCGCCGCCGCCCGCGCGAGUGCAAGACUUGCCUACCGUGUCGCGCCAGCAAAGUCCGCUGCGACCGCAACGUGCCCUGCAGCAAUUGCCUCAAGCGCAACUUCACCUGUUCUUACGGUCGCCCCUCGGCUUCUGCUAAACUCCCCGUGCCCGUCUCGGCCAGCACCACUUCCUCCACGCCGCUACAACCCUCCUUCUCCUCGGUCGGCAUAUUGCCAGCCUACGAUGCGUCUGCGCCGCCACCUCCUCCGCCUGUGCGCGAUGGCUCCUACCUUCACGAUCAGUCUGCUACCGCUAGUGAUGAACCCGACCUCCCGGAGAUAAUCGAUAUUUCGCAGGAGGAAUGGGACGAGAUUAACACCAAGAUGGUUGCGAUGGAGCAGAUCCUGGGCAGCUUGCACUCAAUGUUCAAUUCACAUUCGUCUGGAAAACGCUCCGAGACAACGACAAUAGCUUCGGAACGAAAGAGUUCUACCCGGUCGGAAGGCGUGUACGGGUCCAACGUGUUGAGGACGGGUGCGGUCCAUCUCGGGUCCCGAUCUGCCCUGGUCGAUAUUCUGGAUAAAUCGAAGGGUGAUGAGGAUACAGCGCAGGCGCUGCCUCAGGAGGAUCUACUGGCAGAACUUGCGCUGGGCAACGAAUCGGCCGCGUAUCCGUUCGUGGAUUUGUGGUCCUCCGAUCCGUACACGUUCAAUAUUGCUGGGGUGUGUGCGGUGCUCCCGGACGAUGAACAGUGUCGACGAUUUUUGAGCUUCUAUAAAGAUAUCGGUGCGGUCUUGUAUCCAGUCCUGCCCAACCUCGACGCGCUAGAACGAAAGACGAAUCGAUUACUCGAGGGGAGACGGCGGGUAGGAGGUGUGUAUAAACCAGAUGCCAAUGGGUUAGUCAAGCCGUUUGGCAUGGACUUGCCGUUUCUCAGUUUGCUUUUUGCGGUGCUGGCCUCGGGCUGUCAAUUGUCCGAUCUGCCGAGUGCCGAUCGUGAAUUGACUUCAUGGAUAUACGUUUCUUGUGCAUAUCAAUGCCUGCGGAUGUUGAAUUAUGUUUCGCAGCCGACAGUAGAGGUUAUUCAGAUCCUGCUUAUAAUCAGCAAUGUCCUUUCAUACAACAUGAACGCCGGUGCUUCUUAUACAUUACUCGGCAUGACGGAGCGCAUGUGUCUCGUGCUUGGACUUCAUGUCGAAUCAACCGGAUUCACACUCGAGGAACAGGCCAAUCGAAGGCGCGUAUGGUGGACCAUGGCCUUCCAAAAUAGCCAUUUCUCACUAGCCUACGACCGACCAUCCAUCACCAUGGUCAGCCAACCCGAAAUUCCCUUUGAUCGUAAAUCGAUGCCCGGGCAUCGAACAUACUUUGAGACCCUAUGUCGGGUGGUAUCGCUGGCGCUGGAAGUUUUGCGAUCCCGGAUGUACCCUGAAACGCAGGAGCCUCGGUACCAUGAGAUUCGCGAGUAUAAACAGCGAAUCCAGCGCAUGCUCGCUGAAGCCACGCCGCACUUGCGGCAUCGCGAUCAAUGCCGAACGCUCGCCGAGCAUUUAGAGCGCACAGAGCUGCGUCUGCAUUCAUCAUAUCUCCUCUCCGUGCUCUGCCGAGUGUCCCUAGACCGACAUUCACAUCUAGACGAGCAGCGCCGAGCUCUAAUCCGCGAAGAAUGCAUCAGCAGUCUCAUCAGCACCAUCGACGCCUUCGUCGAGCUACACGAAAUCAAUUCGCACUGCUCCCGAUCAUGGAUCAGUCUCCAGCGAUCCAUCGCAUCCGCCUUCCUGCUGGUCGUAAAUGACGACAGCCCUCAAACCUGGGAGUUGAUUGACCGACUGGAAAAAGUCCUAGCCGACCACGUCUAUGCAGACGGAGACGCCGAACACAAUAAUCGCACCGAUUCGGCUAAACAUUUGUCCUCAUCGUUGCGCGCGCUGCGUGAAAUUCGGGAGACUUUCCGCGCGCGUAAACCCGUGCCGUCUAUGACUAUCUCUGAACCGACGACGUAUUCGCCGUUGAUUUUGCCGUCGCCGCCUUCAAUAGAUACCACCCCGAGUCUGCCGCCUAAUAUGGUGACUGCGGGUGGACCGAUGGAGGAUUGGAAUAUGCGGAAUAUCCUGGGCCGGGUGUCGGAUGUCAUGUUGUUCCCUAGUAUGAGUGGUACGAGUCCCGUUGCUUGAGAGAGUGUUGGAUAGGGAUUGGGAUUCGUUUUUGGUAUUGGGUUUGGAUUUUCCCUUUGCAUCAAGGCGUUGGAGGGCUUGUGGUUUCCUUUUGGAAAUGUGGAUGAGAACCCAGGAAGGGUACUCCGGGUCUUGAUUCUGUUUUUCUAUUAUUGUAUACCCUGGCAUGGGCACUGAGCUAGUACAGCAAGUCAGUGCGGUUGAUACAAUCCAACAUGCGCGUGUCAUGCGAUUUCCCACAUUACCUACCUGAAAUUGUGCAAAGAAAAGAAACUCGAUGCAUGGUCCAACUCCAGAAUAUUGUACCCCGGUGAUAUCAUAC